AUGGCGGAUGCCGACGAGAAGGACGAACACAACAACGCCAACGAUGACAACGACAGCGACGCCAAACCCCAAGAUCCAGAGAACCCAUCGCCGGAAGCGCCUAAACCUGUGUACUCGGUCUUCUCCCCCGGCAUGAAGCGCUUCCUAGUGGUCACGACCGUCUUCGGCACCUUCUUCUCCCCUUUCUCAUCGUCCAUCUACUUCCCCGCCAUCACACCCAUCGCCAACGAAUACGGCCGACCAGUAUCCGACAUCAACCUGAGCGUAACAACAUACCAGAUCAUGCAAGCGCUAGCCCCGCUCUUCUUCGGCGACCUCAGCGACCAGAUCGGUCGCCGGCCUGUGUACCUGCUCAGCUUCGCCAUCUACCUCGGCGCCAACAUCGGCCUGGCCGUGCAGCACAGCUACCCGGCGCUGAUGGUGCUGCGGGCGAUGCAGAGCACGGGCAGCAGCGCGACGGUGGCGAUUGGGAACGCGGUCAUGGCGGAUUUUGCGACGAGUGCGGACCGUGGCGGGUUCAUUGCGGCCGUGCAGGCGAGUGUGAUGUUUGCGCCCGCGCUGGCGACGACGUUGGGGGGGAUUUUGUCGCAGUUUUUGGGGUGGCGGUCGACGUUUUGGUGUUUGGUGAUUAUGACGGGGGUGUUUUUGGCGGUGUAUCUGCCGGCCGUGCCUGAGACCGCGCGGAACAUCGUUGGCAACGGCUCGAUACCACCUCCCAAGUCCCACACCUCGCUGUACACACACUUCCGCCAGCGCAAACUCCGACGCCAGCUCGCAGACGACCCCGAAGCCCUAGCGGAAGCCCUCCCCCCUCCCAAGAAACUCCCACUUAAAAUCCCCAUCCCCAACAUUUGGGCCGCCGUAGUGAUAAUCUUUGAGAAGGACGUCGGCCCGCUCAUGCUGUUCAUGUCCCUCUUCGUCAUGGCUAACUACGCCGUCAUGGUACCAAUCCAAGACGUCAUCCGCCGACAAUACAAUUUCAACGACCUCCAAGUCGGCCUCUGCUUCAUCCCCUUCUCGGUCGGGUCCGUGGUCCGGUCCAUCGUGAUGGGCAAAGCCCUCAACUGGAACUAUGCACGCGUCGCAAAAAGCAUUGGCGUAUCACCCGACCGCAAACGCGGCGACGACCUGCGCAAUUUUCCGAUCGAGCGGGCGCGGCUGGAUCUCCUGUGGCCGUCGACUUUCCUCGCCGUCGGCAUGAUCGUCGGGUGGGGCUGGGUCGUCACGGCGGGGACCAGCCUGGCUGCGCCGCUGGUCGUGCUGUUCUUUGCGGGUCUUGCGCUGGCCGGGCCGGUCUCGGUCUUGACCACGUUGUUGGUGGAUUUGUAUCCGAUGAAUCCGGGGAGGGUGUCGUCGACGUUUAAUUUGACGAGGGCUACGUUUAGUGCGGUUGGUACGGCGGUGGUGCAGUAUAUGAUUGAGGCGUGGGGGUAUGGGUAUACGUAUUUGUUUAUGGGGUUGAUUGUGUUGGCUGCGAGUCCGAGUGUGUUGGUGGUAAGGAAAUGGGGGCCCAAGUGGAGGGAGGAGCGGUAUCAGCGGUUUGCUAAGAAGCAGCAAGAGGCGGAGAGUACCUAG